UUGUCAUCUUGAAUGUUUGCAGAUGUCGCGGUCGCGGGAAACACGAUCGAUACAGUGUUGAGUUUGUUGUGUGAUAGGAAUCAAUUAGGCUUGCGUGAAUUGUCCUUAAAUUAUGUUUGAAUGAAUAACUAGAAUAUUAUAGAAAAUAAAAAUCACAAUGUUUGUGUAUCGGUUUGUGUAUUUAGCGUUUUUCCUUACCGCGUCGGCUAAAUUUGUUUGGAAGCACCAUAAUAAUGAAGAAUUACCAUUGGUUUUGGAAGAAGUUCACCAAAAAUGCCCAAAUGUAACCAGAGUUUAUGCUUUAUCAGAACCAUCUGUGCGAAAUGUUCCUCUUUAUGUGAUUGAAUUUACUGACACGCCUGGAUUUCAUCAGCCCUAUAAGCCUGAAGUAAAAUAUGUGGGAAAUAUUCACGGAAAUGAGGUUCUUGGUCGAGAAUUGUUGCUUGGUUUAGCUGAUUAUUUAUGUGAACAGUAUUUAAAGAAUGAUCCUAACAUAAAGGCACUUAUUCAUAAAACUAGAAUACAUCUUUUACCGUCUAUGAACCCUGAUGGUUGGCAACUGUCCACUAAUUUUGGUGGCCAAGACUAUCUCCUGGGACGUGGUAACAAUCAUUCAGUGGAUCUGAACAGGAACUUCCCAGACUUGGAUGCUAUCACAUUUGAGUUUGAACGACUCGGUAUCAAUCAUAACAAUCAUCUGUUGAAGGAUGUCACCCGACUUGCAGCACCUUUGGAGCCGGAGACCCGCGCGGUGAUUCGCUGGAUAAUGUCUAUACCGUUCGUACUGAGCGCGGCGAUGCACGGCGGAGACCUGGUCGCCAACUACCCUUAUGACGAGAGCAGGAGCGGCGCCCUCGCCUCCGAGUACUCCGCCAGCCCUGAUGAUGACACCUUCAAGGAGAUAGCUAUGGCAUAUGCGAACGCGCACGCCGAUAUGGCAUCGCUGAACCGUCCCGGAUGCCACAUCAACGGCCCCGACCAAUCCGAGGCGUACAACUUCGGCAAGCAGGGCGGCGUCACCAACGGCGCUGACUGGUACAGUCUUAAAGGAGGAAUGCAAGAUUUCAACUAUUUGGCUACAAAUGCGUUUGAAAUAACCCUUGAAUUGGGCUGCCAGAAGUAUCCAUUGGAGAAUGAAUUAGAGAACGAAUGGAACAGGAACCGUGAAGCCUUACUUGCUUAUUUGUGGAAGGCGCACAUCGGUGUGAAGGGAAUCGUCAGCGAUGACACUGGUUUCUUAGAAAACGCUAUUAUAUCUGUGGUCAAUCUCACUGGACACACGCCGAAGCCAAUACGACAUGAUGUUACUACAGGUGUGUACGGUGACUACUACCGCUUGCUGACGCCGGGCCGGUACGAGGUGACCGCGAACCACCCCGGACACUACCCCGCGCAGCGCAUCGUCACAGUGCCCCAGCGACAGUCCUCAGCACGUAUACUCAACUUCAAACUGGAGCCUAUACGUUAUGAUGAUGGUGCUCUGUUCUUCGAGCCGCCGUACAUCCGCUACCAGCCGCGUAUCUACAAGCGAUCCCUCUACCAAAAGGUCACCAACACUCUCCUGCAAGCUGCAGACACGCACAAACAGUGAAGCCGCAAUCCAAUAUAGACCUUAUUCUUAUAGAGAUAAGUAUGAAAUUAUCAAUGUAAACUUGUUAGCGAAAAUUAUGUGAUGUGAAUCAGGAUGUUGUAUAGUGAAGUAAAAAAUUGCAUUCGCUUAUGUCGACAUUUUAGUAAUUUUUGUCAUAUUCGAAAAACUUGAAUUUUAUUAUCAAUAUUGUUUGUAUAUUGGAAUCGUGCAGAAAUUCGAGUGCCAUAAUGUCUUUCCAAUUGUUGAUUUUUUUUUAUUAAUGUUGUAUACAGAAUAAAAAUAAAAUUGUCUAGUCCAAACACGUUACCUUUUUAUUUAUAUUUUAUCGACUUAAAACAAUCGACAUUGACAUUAAAGUACAUAAAAAAAGGAAUAAUUUAAUUGCUCCUUUCAUUAUAAAGUAUUCGAACAUUGCCGUAUGUUAUUCCGUCUAAAAUAUCUGUUCGUUUGUUAUGUAAACUAAAUAAAUUUUAUAAUUUUAAACAUGAUAUCAUUGUUUUGAAGUUUCCGAAAGCUGAGCUCAUCGUAAGGCGAUAUUCAAAAUCAUAGAUAUAAAUAAUAGAUAGGUGAUUGUUAAGAAAUAACAGCUUUUGCUUUAUUUCGAUUUAAACUCGCCUUUUAAUGUUAAGUAUAUCACUUAUUAGUUCGGAAACUAUUCAACCAUCGCUGCCAAAAUGGCGAAAAUCAAAUAGUUACAAAAACCAUACUUUUAUAGCCUGGUUUUAAUAAUCAGUGCUCAUAAAACAUGAAUUAAAACUACCAAUGUUAUAUAUGACAUUUAUGUAAUUUUUUUUAAAUAAAAACAUUAAAAUCUGUUAAAUAACUUUGCGUUCAAAGAGGGAAUUUUGUAAUCUUUAUAACACUCGAGACAAACUGGAAAAUUCAAAUUAAAUAAAUUGUUAUUUCCUUACUAGCUGUUGCCCGCGACUUCGCCCGCGUGGUAUUA